AUGAGCGCAGCGUUAUCCCACGACCUAGAACUCCAGCGCGACGAGGACGAUGACCACCGUGAUCGUGAAUCCAAACGCACGAGUAAUGAGCACGUGAUAAUGGGAGCCACUCCCUUCACGGAGAAAAUCUUAAGGGCGAAACUCCCCAAGGGUUUCGACAAACACACGAACAUGAAGUACGACGGAACCAAGGACCCCCAGGAACACCUAAGGGCCUUCGAGGCCAAGAUGAAUCUGGAAGGAUCCACAGAUGCGGUCCGAUGCAGGGUCUUUCCGGUAACCCUAGCUGGACCCGCAAUCAAAUGGUUUAAUGCCCUCCCCAACGGGUCUAUAACCACCUUCCACAAUAUCUUGAGGAAGUUUAUGGCCCAAUUCACCACUAGAAUAACAGAAGCCAAACACCCCAUUAGCUUGUUGGGAGUCACUCAAAGACAAGACGAAUCUACGAGAGAGUACCUCGACCGGUUCAACGAUGAGUGCCUGACGGUUGACGGACUCAUGGAUUCAGUCGCGAGCCUCUGCCUAACCAACGGGCUCAUGAAUGAAGACUUCCGGAAACACCUCACCACCAAACCAAUCUGGACUAUGCACGAGAUUCAGAGCGUCGCGAAGGAAUAUAUAAACGACGAAGAGGUAAGCUAG